UUCACACGAGACCUCGCUUCCGUUAUUUUCGACUCUCCACCCUGGCUGGAUCUAUUGAUUGAUAUUCUUCACCACCGGAGAGGUUAGCCGUCGCACUAAAUCAAAUCAACCGAGAAAAAGCAAUCUCCAGAUCUGUCAUCUCCUUCACAUCUUCUCUCAGAGAUAUGUAUAAUAACAUGGGACCUCAGCCUGGGAUGCCUAUGCCUCAGUCAGUUCCUCAGCCUAACCCUUUUGGGAAUGCCUUCUCUGGUCCUGGCUCUGGACUUAUCAGAAGUGGCUUGGGAGCUUACGGCGAGAAGAUUUUCGGAUCCAGCUCUGAGUAUGUGCAGAGCAACAUAACUCGUUACUUCUCCGAUCCUCAAUACUAUUUUCAAGUGAAUGACCAGUAUGUGAGGAACAAGUUGAAGAUUGUUCUGCUUCCUUUUCUUCACAGGGGACACUGGACUAGAAUCUCGGAGCCAGUUGGGGGUAGGCUUUCAUACAAGCCCCCGAUAUAUGAUAUUAAUGCACCAGACUUAUACAUUCCGCUUAUGGCAUUCGGCACAUACGUGGUUCUUGCUGGUUUGUCUUUGGGACUCUAUGGGAAGUUUUCUCCGGAAGCUCUGAACUGGCUUUUUGUGAAAGGAAUGGUUGGCUGGUUUUUGCAAGUCAUGCUGCUGAAGAUAACGUUGCUUUCAUUGGGUAGCGGUGAAGCACCCCUCUUGGAUAUUGUGUCAUACGCUGGCUAUACUUUCACUGGUCUCUGCUUGGCUGUUCUUGGCAAGAUCAUCUGGGGAUACUCUUACUAUGUUCUGCUUCCGUGGACCUGCUUGUGCAGCGGGGUUUUCCUAGUGAAGACAAUGAAGCGAGUUCUCUUUGCGGAAGCUAGGAGUUAUGACUCAAGCAGGCAUCACUACCUCCUGAUCUUUGUAGCUUUAGCUCAGUUUCCUCUUUUGAUCUGGCUUGGUAACAUUAGUGUGAAUUGGCUCUUUUGAAAUUGCAUUACGUUUUAAGAUGUUGUGAAAAAACUCCUCUGAUGUUAUGUAGUGGAAUUUGAGUUUUUUUUUUUGGGUCUAGACUUAUGUCAAACAUAUAUGAUGAAGGAAAAGUGUCAUCUCAAAUACACAUCUCUGUUUUAAAUC